AUGACUCCUGGUACACCCAGACCCUAUACACGAAGUGAAGAAGCUCCUGGUCUAUCGCGAACAUUAGAAGUCGUUUCCAAGCAGGCGACUAAAGUUACCGCAAUAACAACAAAGCUGGAAUGGAAAAUUGAUCAGUUUGAAAAACUAAUGAAACUGUUCAAAAACGGGCAGAAUUUGAUAAGUAAACAAUUCGGAGUUCCUCAAGUUCCCUCAGUCUGCUGGGAGUUACAUGUUUAUCCCAAUGGAAAACGUGAAGAAGAUAGUAAUAACGUUUCUUUCUUCCUCCGACAAGUUGGACUGCAGCGAGGCGAGGAGCCAAUUAUGACCGAGUUCCAAAUAUAUGCUUUGGACGGUAAUGGAGCUAGAGUGAGCGUUUGUCGAGAUACCAAGGAUUUCACUAAUCAACAGGGGAGAGGAAAGUUCCAGGUAGCGCGUGAUAAGAUGAUUGCAGCUCUAAGAUCCGAUGGAUCUCUAAUAUUAUUUUGUGAAGUCGAAUAUUUUCCUCCCGGUUCCAAGAUAUCGGUCGAGUCCGCUGACGACGAGGACUCUUUGUAUGAGGACAGUGAUGAAAAAGCCGAAGUGUUUAUUAGGGGAAAUAAUAAGGAAAUGUGGGAGAAAGAAAUUUUUUCGGAUUGCAGCAUUAAGAUAGGAACGAAACUGAUUAAAGCUCAUCGUUGCGUUCUUGGACAGCAUUCGCCAGUCUUUCGUUCGAUGUUUUUAAACGACUCGAUGCUUGAAGCACAAAAUGGUGUGAUCGAAAUGCCUGAUGCAAAAUAUGAAUCCGUCCGAAUCAUGGUCGAGUUUAUGUACACUGGUUCUUUGGAUGCAUUGGAUAGUUCUAACAUUGUUGAUGAUGUACUAACAGUUGCUGAUAAAUACGAAGUUUUGAUUUUGAAAGAGCAAUGCGAAAGAAUAAUAUCUCAAUCACUAACACUAAAGAAUAUAACCACGGUCGCUAUAUUCGCCGAUACUUUCACUGCGAUGAUACUGAAACAAGCCGUCAUACGGUUUCUGACUAUACAUUUACGUAGUGUGAUAAGAACACCUGAAUGGAGAAACCUACGAAAGGAUAGAAAUGAAUUGGCUACUGAUUUACUAGAAGCUGUACUGUCAUCUGAUGAUUUCAGUGAAGAAAGAGGUAGCUCAAAGCUCCAUCAUGCUCCUGCUAAGAAGCGGUUACGCAGAUCGCAGGUUGGAAAGUAA